AUGGCUGACGAAGGCGUUGCUGAGCAUUAUCAGGUUCUCGAGGAGCUUGGCCGGGGAAGCUUUGGUGUUGUCUACAAAGGCAUCGAAAAGGCAACUGGCGAAACUGUCGCUAUCAAACAUAUCGACCUUGAGUCCAACGACGAUGAUAUUCAAGAUAUCCAAGCAGAAAUCGCUGUGUUGAGCACAUGCGCAAGUUCCUACGUUACUCAGUACAAGGGAUCUUUUCUGCGAGGUACCAAGCUAUGGAUUGUCAUGGAGUACCUCGGCGGCGGCUCCUGUUUGGAUCUGCUAAAACCCGCCAACUUCAGCGAAACACAUAUCGCCAUUAUUUGUCGUGAAUUGUUAUUGGGAAUCCAAUAUCUACACACUGAAGGCAAGAUUCAUAGAGAUAUCAAGGCUGCUAAUGUUCUCCUCUCCGAGACUGGCAAAGUCAAGCUCGCUGAUUUUGGAGUCGCCGCUCAAUUGACAAACAUCAAGUCGCAGCGAAAUACUUUCGUUGGAACACCAUUCUGGAUGGCCCCGGAGGUCAUUCAGCAGGACGGAUACAGCUUCAAGGCUGAUAUCUGGUCGCUUGGUAUCACAGCUAUGGAGAUGGCCAACGGAGAGCCUCCCCUGUGCCACAUCCACCCGAUGAAGGUCCUCUUCCAUAUCCCCAAGAACCCUGCUCCUCGCUUGGAGGGCAACUUCGGCAAGGACUUUAAGGACUUCAUCGCCCAAUGUCUCACCAAGGAUUACGACCGUCGACCAACUGCCAAGGACCUCCUGCGCCACCGUUUCAUCCGCAAUGCCGGCAAGGUUGAGGCUCUACAAGAGCUUAUCGCCCGUCGACAAAUGUGGGAUGCCAACCAGAACAGACAGAAGCACCCGAUUUACUACCAAGAGACCCUGCAGACCAUGACUCCUAAGGACGAGCAAGGAGAAUGGGUCUUUGAUACAGUAAAGUCGGUCGCGCCUCCGCCCAAAAGGCCAACGAUCAAGCAGCACCGGAAGCCAUCGUCUAUUUUCAACGCUGAAGAGGCGAUGAAGAAGCUGGAUGUCAAGGAUGGUCCUCUCGGAGGAACCUCUCCCGCACCCGGCACUGUUCGAAAGUCGACUGUCCGACGGUCAUCUAUCGCUCAAAGCACCACAUCAGUGCGAAAUAGUGGCUCUCCUCGAGGCUCCAUUGCUCCCAAGAGGCCCCUUCAGACCGAUAUGUCAUUUGGCAACUCUGGAUCGACUAUGCGUCUUUUCCGAAGGGUGCCCUCAGACAGUUCAAGCCAAGGUGGUCGACCAACAUCGUCUGACGAUGUCUUUUGCGACGAGAAUUCUCCUCCCAUGAACGGCCCCAUUGAGCCAUACGGAAAAGAGGCUGUUCUUGGACGUCGACUGUAUACUAAGGCCGUGGAGCCUAGUCUAAACGAGCUGCAUGCUCAGACCUCUGCCAUGCAGAAGCGAGAAGCACUGGCGAAACUAUCAGACGCAUUCGCGGCCUUGGAUGCAGUUGAUCCCGAAGGAGCUUACCAUCUCAUGACUAGUAUGGUAUCCUCUAUGGCUCAAGACAACAAGCUCAGCGCAUCAAUCCUGCGACAGCCUGUCCAGAAGAUCCCAGACGACGGAACCCCCCAGGGCACCGUGAUUGUCAAGAACACCACUCCUGCGGCUAGUCCAGCGAAGCUCGUUAUGGCUUCUGGCAACCCUCAUCUUCGCAGCCACCGACGCCGCCAUGCUGACACUCCUACCAUGUACGAGAAGGACUUUGACAAAGACAAGCUGGCUGUAGAGAACAAGUACCCCGGACAGGAAGCCAGAUCUGGUAUGGAGCACUGCAAGCAGCUCUCCGACGUGCUCUACUCGCGCUGGGCUGACGGUCUUCGCCUUCGAUGGCCUGGCGUUUAA